AUGACUGACAUUCUAAACAUCGGAGACGAGCCGAUCUUCGAUGAUCGGAUCGUCAAGAUCGAGACUCAUACGUACAAUCCGUUUGCCAACACAACGUUCGGGCACAGCGACGAGAUUCGAAUACACCAACCCAUACACCAACAGGAUCUGUACACAUUGCCGUUCGAAAGUUUUCUAUACAUCGAGGGAAAAGUGACAAUAAAGAAACCAGCCAAGGGAUUUUCGGUGGUACUGGGAAAUAAUUGUGUCGCGUUCAUGUUCGAUGAGAUUCGAUACGAACUCGACGGUGUAGAAAUUGAUCGCAACAGAAAUGUUGGAAUAACCAGCACACUGAAAAACUGUGCAACGGUGUCGUCAGACAAAAACGUGAUUCUGAGAAACGCCGGAUGGAUUUCGGGUUGGGACGUGAAUGGAUACUUUAAUUAUUGCGUACCAUUCAACAUGUUGUUGGGGUUUUGCGAGGAUUACAGACGCGUGGUGAUCAACGCUCGUCACGAGUUAAUUUUAAUACGCGCGCGUAACGAUAACAACAGUCUGAUGGGAAGUUCAGAGUUGGAACCCACGAUUGAUAUAUUCAAGAUACAAUGGCGCAUGCCUCACGUACUGCUGAACGAGAUACAUAAGUUGUCGAUGCUGCGUACUCUGGAGAGCGGACGGUACCUGAGCAUGGCUUUUCGUUCGUGGGAUCUGUACGAGUUUCCACUAUUGCAGCAAACAACUAAGCAUUCGUGGGCCAUCAAGACCGCUACUCAGCUCGAGAAGCCACGAUAUGUUAUCUUUGCUCUGCAGACGGGUCGAAAGAACAUUGUGUCCGAGGAUCCAAGCCGAUUCGAUCAUUGCAAAUUGACAAACGUGAAACUGUAUCUGAACUCGGAAUGUUAUCCAUACGACGAUAUGAACUUGGAUUUCGAUAAAAAUAAAUGGGCCAUUCUGUACGACAUGUACGCGCGUUUCUGCAAGGGUUAUUAUGGAUACGAGUAUCUCGAGCCGAACCUCACCACUUCAACUUUUCUACUUAACGGUCCAUUCGUAAUCAUCGAUUGCUUUCGACAAAAUGAAUCGUUCAAGAGCGCAACCGUGGACGUGCGCAUAGAAUUUGAAUGCAAAGAGAAUGUGUCGAUGAAUACCACCGCGUACUGCCUCAUCAUACACGACCGCGUGGUUCAGUACAAUUCGUUGACAAAUGUUGUGCGCAAAAUCACCUAA